AAUCUGCACCUUGGUCUCUUCCCUACUCCUAACUUGGACCGCGCAAACAGGAGGAUUAGGUAUAGGCGAGCAAUACCUCGUUGCCUACAUAGCUAGCAUCAUUGCACAAGAAUGGAUCCAUUCACGCUAACUGCUUUCCUGGCCUUCCCGUUUGGGAAAUAUGUCCCAUUAGCUAGCACCUUCCGAGAGGUAGAACUCCACUACGAUGAAAAUUUUUAUCCAGCUCACCAUUGGUCUUAUGCUGACGUGCAUAGUCUGCUCAUGGUGCGCCUUAGUUUUUUCGGGGGUACCGUGCAUUGGCGACGCAUGAGCGAAGCUUGCAAUGUCGCAUUGAGCGAUGUAGGUUUCAAGAGGAAGGUUACACACAGGGUCCGUACCAUCUUGACGAGCAUGGUGAGAUAGUGCGUGACCCAACGCCGCUUGGGCGUUGCAAGCGUAGACGGGUCGUGACCGCCUCGCCCCCGAGUGAUCAAGGGCAUGGCGGGUCCGCACGCCCCCGACCAGCGAGUCCUGUUCAGAGUCCUGUCUCUGGCAGCGACGCUGGACAGCAUUCGCAACCGUGCCAUGAUGACACAGUGUUUGGACCAAACCCGCUUGACUCCCUGGACUUCAACACGCGGAAAGAAGUACUAUUGCUCAUGCAAAGUUUUAGAGAGGGGCAGGGUAUGACUGUCGAGGAGAGCAAGCGUUUCCUCCAAGUUAUUCUACAUCCCGAUUUCAAACCGGCCGACUUAGCAGGCUGGCGCAGCAUCAAGGACGCCCAGAAAUGGGCAGCUGACAACUGGGGUUCCAAGGCUGCACCUUGGAAAACUACCCUGGUGAAAGUGCCAGACGUUUUGGAGAACGGCCAGCCUGUGUAUGUUUCUUUGAAACACGUGGAUACAGUCAAGAUCGCGAAGGCAAUUUUUGAAGACCGACAGAACCACACUGGUUUCGCUCUGUUCCCAACAGUCAAGAAGAACCAGAGAGGGGAGCGGAUCUACACCCGCCCUCAACACUGCACGUGGUGGCAAAAGGCACAGGAAGAGCUUGGGUACAACGAUGAGGUCAUUGCCGCACUCAUAGUCUAUUCAGAUGUCACCCAACUGUCAAAGAACGAUUCACAGAAAGUAUGGCCUGUCGUCAUCUCGCUUGGGAACAUUACUGUUGAGCAUAGGUGGAAGCGCAGUGCCAAACAGAUGGUGGCUAUGCUGCCGAUGGGAAAUCCAAAGUGGCCCAGCUCUGUGAAAACACAGCUGUUCCAGGAUUGCAUGAAGAUAGUCUUGCAACCUCUAAUAGAUGCGAGCAACAGCUCUACAGGUUGUGCCUGGACUGACCCAUCCGGCACUCUGCGUACAGUAUGGCCACUUCUCUACUGUUAUGCAUGUGAUUACCCAGAGAGCAGCAAAGUCUCGUGCACAUUCCAGCAUAACAGCAACCGACCUUGCUCCAUGUGCUAUGUAGAGAAAGAUGAGAUGGAUGACCUGGUCAACACGUUUGCGCCUAGGACUGUUCGUGAGCAGAGAUUUGUGGUUGACAAAUUCAACAGGUUGUUAGAAACUGGCAAGACCGUGGCUGGCGACUACGCUAAACUUUGGUCGUCGUUUCCCACACCUGUAAGUUCAAAAUCACCAUUUUGCACCGAGUCUAACAUUGUUGAUAUACCCUUGUUUGCACUAGUUCAACCGCUCCUUUGUGCAUCCAUCCUAAACCAGAGUUUCCUGUGGGAGUUCAAGUAUGCCAGUACGCCGUGCAGGCCUUCUUGAGGUGGUACAAGGCCUUGUUUCGCCCCCGGUAUCACACGGAUGCGAGCCUCGCUACAUGCCAUACCCUGGCGAUGAGUAUGAUAAAGGAGCUAAAGGCCGCUUUUCCCAAGCAAAAGUCCAAGUGGAAGCUCAUCAAGGUUCACAUGGUGGUGCACUUCGAGGAGGCCAUUAAGCGGGGUGGGCUUCCAGAGGAGUACUCUACAAACAUGUACGAGCACUUUCACAAGGACUGUGUGAAGAGGCCAUACCGGGCAUCAAACCGGCGCGAGUGGUCGGAGUCGAUCAUCAAGAGCAACCAGUUCCACCAGAUGCUAUCAGAGGUGGAGAGCGACAUCAAAGAGGAGAGAGAGUACAACUCAGCGUUCUACGAGGCCGAUACGGAGGGCAAGCGCGUCCUCCUCCGCACGCACGUAGUGUUCCACAUGCAGGGGAGCACAGCUCGCCGUAGCAAAACUGACCAGUUUGAGAUCUGGAACAUGGCACUUGGUGGGAGAUUGACCACCUUGCAAGAUGAUCUUGAGAGUUAUGAUUUGACCCCGCAAACCCUUCAUGUCUUUACAGGGAUGGCAGUUCCAGCAGGGUCAAGUACAGCAGACUCUAGAGUCACGCACUUUGUUCGAGCAAACCCGUCCCACCAUGGGCAACUAUGGUUCUCGCAUGCCGCUAUUAAAGGCGCCGGUGAUGAGGUUUGGUAUGGGGAGAUCCUGCUGCUCUUUAAAAUCCUUGGUAGUGAUGAAAGGUUUGCGUAUGUCCAGUACUACGAUGUGAUCCGUGUUGAUGCCCUCACUGGGUGCAAAGCACUGCGAGUGGCAAAGGCCCCCGGUACACAGCGGGUGUACCGUGACAUCAUUGAUGUCGACACUAUCUUCCGAGCCGUGCAUAUCGUAGAAUCUUUUGCUCGUCCGGGCACAUUUAUGUUGAAUGAUUAUUUAUUUGACUAAGCUUGUGGUGGUACGCAGUGAAUGCACACCUACUGGUUGAUCUCAAUUGAAGUC